AUGUCGUCUGAGGAUCGUGCGGCACUGGUGGCGCUGUUUCGGUCUACCGGCGGGACUCGUUGGGAUCGAAACAAUAAAUGGGACACAGAUGCUGACCUCUCGCAGUGGAGCGGAGUGCAUGUCAACGAAGAUGGCCGAGUGGUGAAGCUGGAUCUAUUCUACAACAAUCUCGAAGGGCGUAUCCCUGAAGCGCUUGGAGCUCUCCAGGAGCUAACACAUCUUAACUUGUGGGACAACAAGCUCACGGGGACUAUCCCUGAAGCGAUUGGAGCUCUCACGAAGCUGAACGACCUCAACUUGUACAAGAACAAGCUCACGGGGCGUAUCCUUGAAGCGCUUGGAGCUCUCAAGGAGCUAACGCAUCUGAACUUGUGGGACAACAAGCUCACUGGGACUAUCCCUGAAGCGAUUGGAGCUCUCACGAAGCUGAACGAACUCAAAUUGUACAGCAACAAGCUCACGGGGUUUAUCCCUGAAACACUUGGAGCUCUCAAGGAGCUUACGAUUCUUGGUUUGGGCCGGAACAAGCUCACGGGGUCUAUCCCUGAAGCGCUUGGAGCUCUCAAGGAGCUAACGAUUCUUGGUUUAGGCUGGAACAAGCUCACGGGCUCCAUCCCGGCAUGGCUGGGAUCUCUAAAGAAAUUGCGACAGUUUGGGCUCUCCAACAACCACCUGACCGGGCCUAUCCCUGAAGCGCUUGGAGCUCUCAAGGAGCUAACGAUUCUUUGGUUGGACGACAACAAGAUCACGGGACACAUUCCCAAGGAGCUAGGCAACUUGGAGAACCUGCAACGGCUUCAUCUGCAGGACAAUCAACUGACAGGAGCCAUCCCGACGGAGCUGGCAAACUUGAGUGCUCUUUCGAAAUUUGGGUUGAAGAACACAGGAUCAAAGGCCUUCUUGCGGCGUGGCAACAAGCUUACCGGAGGACCGGCGAAGGGCGAGGGGCUUGAUUCGUGGAGGGCACGAAUCCGGCCGAAACAAGAGACAAAGCCGCAAACGCUCAAGGGUGACGAAAAGGAGGAGGACGCUCCCGUACCUCCACCCCCCCCCCGUCCCGUCUUGCUACCACAGCAGCAGGAGACAGGCGAGGGCGACGGAAACGAGAAGGAUAAUCCCGUGCCGCUUGGCUUCCCCAACCAAAGAGAGGAGGCGGUGUGGGAACGGGCCCGUUCUCCGGAACGUGCUUCCUUGUCCCCAGGGAAGGCAGAAGAAAUGGACCGAUUGUUCAGUGCUCAGCUUUCGUCCUCUGCAGGGUUAGAUUCACUCAUCAGGGAGAAACCUAAAGCUCUGGAGGAUAUCCAACGGGUCAUUGAAUCAACAGUCGCGGGAAGCGUUUCUCCCGACGACAAGCUAAGCGACAUCGACGGGCGCCGGAAGCUUGGCACGUUGGUGACCAUGUCGACGGCGCUAGGCGAGGUUGCGUUGAGGCACACCGAGGACAUGAACAUCCAGCGGAAGGAGCUAGCCUUGCCUGCGUUUUCCAACGCAUACUACUCUGCCGUCAGAAGCGGUCUAUGCCAGGCGUACCUCGCUGCUAGCGUCAUCGACAGUGACUGGGUGUCAACGAGCAAGACCGGUGGCAUGGGGAAGGCAGGGGCGGCCAUGAAGCUGAUGUCUAGCGCCGUUCCUGUGGUCGGUGGACUGCCGGAACUAGCAGGCAAAGCGUUGGAGGCCGGAGACCACUACCUCCAAACUCGGCGAUUGGUAAAGAUCACGGCUAUGGCUUCUGACGCGGUGGAUUGUUGCUUUCUGGCGAGAAGGCUGGCCCUUCAACUAACCGACGGCCUCCGAAACGACGCCGGCGCCACGGCCGACAAUGCGGACGAAGUUCGUGUGGACACCACGGCGGGCAUGAACGGUGGCGCUGAUAUGACACCUGGGGACAUGAGCGAAGAGGACGUCUUUGAAUACUUGCUUGAAGAGGUGGCCAGCUACAAACGCAACGAUCAUGGCGGGGUGCGACUUGGCAAGAAGCACCUUCGCAAGCUGUUGAAAGCUAUUCAGCGAGGUUCCCUUGACGGCUCAAAUGGCACCGAACAAAAGAUUGAGGUCCUUGUAUUGAAGAUUCUUCCCGAGGCUGAUACUAGCCUUGCCGCAACGUUGAGUACGCCGAAGGAAGUGAUCGUCCGAUCUCCUCCUGUUGUGACGCCCGCCCACGACGGCGGGUUGCCGUCAAGGGCAGAGUUUACAGCCAUGCAAGCAGCUUUGGAAGCUUUGAAGUUCGACAGGGAAACGCAGCAAGCAGAGCUGGAACAGUUGCAAGCCGCCAAGGACAAGCAGCAAGAGGACCUGGAAGAGCAGCUAGCGAAAAUCGAAGCAGUGGAGUCCCGCAACAAACAGCUUCGAGAAAAGGUGGCAGCGAUGGAGAAGCGAGUGCCAGAAGGUGACUGCGAGCCGUGCGACAGGGGGAAUGCCGAAGGAAGACAAGUUCUCCAGCAGAAGCUCGAGAUGAAGGAGGACCUGGAGACAUUUUGGCAGCGAAAGGAGAAUGCAGGGAAAAAGAAGGGUUUCUCACAACGCGGGCGCCGCCAUUGCUGA